GUGGGUGGGAGGUUGUUUCGUCUCUGCUCUGGUUUCGCUGUCACAGGCAGUCUCUUCCCAGAGACCCGGACAGGCUGGGCGCGCGCCCGAGUCUGUGUGAACGACACUUUGUGGAGAGCUGUCUCCUCGUUUCCUGUUUUUUCCUUCCUUUUUCCAAAGAUCGGGGCAGUUCGCACACUUGCCAUCCUGUAGCUCAGUUGGGAGCGGUGUUGGUGUGCGGAGUGGUGCGUCUUUUUUGAAAAUUUUGAACUUGUGAGCGCUUUUUUUUUCUUUUUCUGUUUUUAGGCUCUGUGCUGUCCGGGCUGGUUUCUCAGGUCCCUGACUAACCGCUUUCUGCCCCUUCUCUCGCCACCCCCGCCCAAGGUCGCCCCUCCGCCCUCACCCCUGGCCCCAGAGGGUAGGAAGCUUUGUCCCCGCCCUGCCCACUCGAGUGUCUCUGCAGUCGUAGCCGCACCUGCCUGAAUAUGAAUGGGGUCAACGACCCACUUCUCUUUAUAAAAGAUAUUAAGCCCGGACUGAAAAACUUAAAUGUCGUCUUUAUUGUCCUGGAGAUAGGACGCGUGACCAAAACCAAAGAUGGCCAUGAAGUGAGAUCGUGCAAAGUAGCAGAUAAAACGGGCAGCAUCACUAUUUCCGUGUGGGAUGAGAUCGGAGGGCUCAUACAGCCCGGGGAUAUUAUUCGGUUGACCAGAGGGUAUGCAUCCAUGUGGAAAGGAUGCCUGACACUUUAUACUGGAAGGGGUGGUGAACUUCAAAAAAUUGGGGAAUUUUGUAUGGUUUAUUCAGAAGUGCCAAAUUUCAGUGAACCCAACCCAGAUUAUCAAGGACAGCAGAACAAAGGGAGUGAACAGAAGAGUAAUUCCAUGAAUGGUAAUAUGGGUACAGGUACAUUUGGAUCAAUGGGAAAUGGUAUUCAAAUCGGUCCUGAAUCAAGGGGAUACCAGUUUUCAUAUGCUGGUAGAAGCAAUGGCCGGGGACCUAUAAAUCCACAGCUACCAGGAACAGCUAAUAAUCAAACAGUCAUGACCACAAUAAGUAAUGGCAGGGACCCUCGGAGAGCCUUUAAAAGAUGACCGAUGCCAAAUACUCACAUGUAGUUUUUAAACUACAUGCCCUACUUGAAUACUUAACUGCACUUUUAUUUAUUGUUAACUGUGAAAAGUAUGUCCUUUAUGGUUUUCUGUUAUGUUUUUGGUUUGCUAAGAAGAGUGGUUUGUUUUUUAUAACAAAAUUGUUAAGCUGCUCAAAUCUCCUAUUGAAGAAUGGGAACAUUCUGAAAAAGUAGGGGCUUAUUUUUAAAGCAAAAAUAUUGUUGAAUAGCCUCUAAAAACCCUGCACCCAUUUCAUGGGUGAGUUACUUAAGAUAAUUAUUAGCUUUAUGGCCUCUGUGAGUCUAUCUUCUGUAUACAUUUUGUAAUAUUUAACAUAAGGCUUAAUGGAAGAAAUACUUCUUCUUGAAUAUAGAUAUUGUCAACUAAAGCAAUAACCAUCAAAAAAGCAAAAACUUGGUUAACGAUAACAGCAUUUUUUGAGUAUUUAUGGAGCCAGGAAUGAUUGAUUUCAUUGAGUGACUGCCAUUAAGAUUUUCCAAGGACUGAAUCAUCCUAAAUUCUUAUUUUAUUACCAAAAGACAGAUUCUUUAUUAGAAUUAUGGUUUGGACAAUGAUCUAUGCUGUAACUAGUAAUUUUUAGAAGAAAGCUACAUUUACUUUAUUUUAGGGUAGUGCUCUUAACAUUUGUUACCACCUUUGUAGAUUACAUUGAAGAAAAAUUUAAAACUGAGGUCUCGAAUAUUUAUUUUUUUAAUUACCAUGUUAAAUAUUAAAGUAUAAUCUGAGGGAGUUGUAAAGUCAUAAUAACAUUGCUCUAAUUAUUUUUAAAAAUAAGUGUGGUGGAUAAACAUAGUGAAGGUGAUUCAAAUUGAAUUUACGUAGUAAUAUGCAGUCUUAGUUACAGAUCCUAGGUAUUUACCAGGUACUCAGCCUGCAGUGAAAAUCUUACAUACUUAAUUUAAAGGGUGUGUAUAUGUCUGUGGUCAGAGUUUCUGCACACAAUUCACAUAGCCUUAUUAGCAAAAGUUAAGAAAUGGCUCUCUCAAAGAAGCAGCUACAGCUUUAUUCAGAAGUGUAAAGAUGGAAUUAUUUGUCAUACAUGGUAUCCACUUCCACGUUUUACUGUAAGGUGGAUAACCAGUAAAUUUUUACUUUGUUAGAACUCAACUCUUCUUAAAUAUUAUCUCUUGAAUAAAAGUUGCAUUUAUGUUAACUACUUACCUAAUUUUUGCUCUCUUUCAAUGACUUAACAUGGAGAGCCAGUGCACCUUACUAUAGUUGUAGUGGACCUCAGCCUGGCGGCUGCUCAUCUCUACAUUUAUCACUUUGUUUUUCCUACUUCAAAUCACACGAUAAUUUACGUAGAUUUUGUUGUGUGAAUAUAAAAAGUGCCAGAUUAUUUGCUCGAAUCUAGUGUGUUUAACAAAAAUGUCAGUACAUGCUAUAUACUAUUAAGCACUGUGUAGGUAGUGUUAAGGGUUAGACAACAUUAAAUUAGCUCCAGGACUUUGUUUAUGGUCCAUAGUAAUUUUGUAGCUGUGGUUUAUAUGUAUUAUAGAAAAAUGUUUUCCUUUAUCAUAUAUUAAUGAUUACUGUAAAUUUGGCUUUGUGACUAAUACUUUAUUAAGAUUUUCACAUUUCAAAAUACCUCAAAAGUUGUGUGAGGGUUGGGAUAGAGUAUAGUUCAUCAGAUUGUAGAUGUGUAGCACUUAAAAAAAUGCAGCAAAUUAGUAUAUAAUUUUUAAAAUUUAAGUAGAGAUAGGAACAGUAUUUUAAAUUAUUUUUGAGAGAAGAUAGCACAUACUCUUUCUUUUUAAAGAAAGAAUUUUGGAGUUUUGAAAAAUUAAAAUACUCUCAGGUGUGGAUUGCCGGGCUUCCAAUCCUGGCCUUAUUACUCUUCACUUGUGAUACUGGGCAAGUUGUUUACACUUGAAACCUCUGGGCCUUAUGUUCUGCAACUAUGGAAACAAGUAAGUAAUAAUACUCCUCCUUAGAAUUGUUUUUAAGAUUCCUUGUAAGUAAUUAGAAUGACUUGUAGCAUGUAAUAAGCAGUCCAGUAUUGUCUAAUCAUACCUUAAUGUAGAAAGAAAACGCAGCAUCAGGUGUGUUAAGUAUUGUCAUCUUUUAACAUGUUGAGAUUAAAUAGAGAAAAACUUAAGCUUUUACUUUUGUCAUUGACACUUGCCUCAAUAAUUUAACCUUGUUCUGUGUCUUCUUUAAUCAUUUAUUAACAAAUUUCUUUUUUCUUAAGGGAAACCUCCAAAACCAAGGCAAAAUGAGUUACAAUCCAUAAUGAAUAUUUGCCUUACCAGUCUACUUGGACCGCACUCAUCAAGAAGUGAAGAGGAAGAAAGUUUUCCACCUUCUUCCUUCUUGGUGCUUUUGGCUAUCAACCUUGAAAUAAGUUUGAACAACACCUGCUGAAAACAAAACCAUUUAGUACAGAAAUACACUUUCGCAGAAUGGGGUCCCCCAUAUUCUUUCUACAAAACAGUUCUGAACAGUGGGUUGGUCUGAGCACACCAGCUUGCCUCUUCUGUUUGGGUGGGUUCUGAAGGGAGUUGCUACAAUGCAAAGACUGAAAGAUGAAAGCCUAUAGGCCAGAUAAUGGUAUUUCACAGUGAAGGCUCCAGUAUGCUUUCCCAUAGCACUUAAAUUAUUUAGGGGUCUCUGUAUUGUAUAGAGCUUUGCCUUGUAAUAAUCUCAGUAAUUCUGGUUAAAAUUUGAAGACAUGUUUAAAUGUGAGAACUUUUAAAGUAUAGGAUGGUAGUUGACUAGCUUUAAAAUUUAGUUUUUCUGAAAAAGGACAAGUUUUACAUCCAAAGAUACAGUUGCAGUUAUUAGCUUAGAUUUUCUGUAGGUUUAACAUUUCAGCUUAGUUACUAAAAUGACAUGCUUGUCAGGUAUCAUUAGUAUAAAUGGCAGUUUGCUCCAAGCCAUUUUAGGUUGCCUGUGACUCUUUAGCUUUUUUUUUUUUUUUUUUUUAAGGCAAGAGUCUCACUUGUAGCUCACAGCAACCUAAUUCUUGGGCUCCAGAGUGGCCGGGACUAUAGGCAUCUGUCACAAUGCCCAGCUAUUUUUUUUUUUUUUAUUUUUAAAGCAGUGGGGUCUUGCUUUUGUUUAGGCUGGUCUUGAACCCAUGAGCUCAGGCAAUCCACCCACCUCAGCCUCCCAGAGUGCUGGGAUCACAGAUGUGAGCCACCAUGCACCUGACCUCUUUUGCUUUAUUUGAAAGAGACAAUAAACUGAACAGGAUGUAUAGUGGUAUUAACUUGGAACACACCCCUUAACUCUAAUACAGCAGUUCUCAAUCUGGGUUGUGAUCCCUUUAUAACAAUGAAAAUACAUCGUGGCGUUAGGAAGGUUGAGAACCACUGCUCUAAUCUCUUGAGAUUACUUGCCCUACCUAUAGCUACUAGUUUUUUAGAUCUACUUUCCCUUCUCUGUUUUAUCCCAUAUCUGGUGAAAGUCUGUACAUAAUCAGGUAGAAAAAGAUGGUCACAGUUUUUCUCUAGAUAAACUCAACCUUUACCAUGGUAACAGUCUGAAAACCUGUGUGCUGAGGUUCCAGCCAAUGAUUAAAUAUUGGGGUAAUUAAACAGUCCUACAUUUUACAAAGUGGACUAGACUCUUCAUAGCCGACCAACUACCUGUAUUGAUCACCUCUUUAAAUUUGCCUAAUUUUUUUAGACUGGACAUGAACCAGAUGUAUGGAUCAGUAUAGUAGUUCCUUAUAUUGGCCCGUUUGUUAGUCUUUUGGUUGGUCAACUUAGGUUCUACUAUAGUUGUAAUAAUAAACAGUUUAUGUAUGCUGAGGAAACCUGAUGACCUUUGGAACAGCACUGUUGUGAAUGGUGUGUAUGCCCCAAGGGAGAAGCUAGGAAAAAAACGUUUUACUUUCAGGUAUAUUUAAAUUCUCUCCAAAUGCCUCCAAACUUUAUUGGGAACCACCAAAGUUUGGAUUCAAAUAUUAUAAACAGAUUACUCAAGAUUUCUGAACUAAAAGGAUCUACUGAUGUUUCUCAAAGCAUAUAACUGGAGAAAGUCCUAUGUAUGACAAGUCACUUAGUGUUUUUCCCUGCUAACAUCAUACCCCAGAGAUACAAGACAGCAGGCAUGAUGUAAAGGAAAUGGACAUUUUGACAAAUUUGACUAGUAGAUCUUUCAUGUCAACCUUUUGAAAAGUCAUGGUAGACAACCCACAAUUUUGCUGUGGCUCCCCAAGCUUUGAGACUGUGCCAUCCCAACAACUUAGAGGAUAAAUGUCGACCUAUACUGGACCUCAGGUCUCAGGUCACUGACAUAACCCUGUUCACACCUUUGCUUUUGUUAUCUCACAUCUACUGAAGGGCUAUUGACGUGUUUUUUCCAUUUCUAAAUGGAAAAAUUCAAGUAAAUUUUGUAUUUGAAUUUGUUGGAGUAUUUUUUUUUUUACUCCAAUUAAAUUUAUGCUUCUGUACAUAGGAUAGUUUAUUGAGUUAUGUUUUGAAUAUGGGUUGAUUAAAAUUCUUGAAGAAGUGUCUCGGCACCCAUAGCACAGUGGUUACAGCAUCAGCCACAUGCACCGAAGUUGGUGGGUUCGAACCUGGCCCGGUCCAGCUAACCAACAAUGACAACUGCAACAAAAAAUAGCUGGGUGUUGUGGCCAGCGCCUGUAGUCACAGCUAUUUGGGAGGUUGAGGCAAAAGAAUUUUUUUUUUUUUUUUUUGCAAUUUUUGGCCAGGGCUGGGUUUGAACCCACCACCUCUGGCAUAUGGGGCUGGUGCCCUACCCCUUUGAGCCACAGGCACCACCACAAGAGUUGAAGGUUGCUGUGAGCUGUGACGCCACAGUCCUCUAUCAAGGGUGACAUAGUGAGACUUUCAAAAAAAAUAAAAACUCACCAAAGAAUGGUUUGUAAGCCACCUGCAGGAGACUUUCCCAGGAACUUGUCAUACAUAGAUCGUGCCUCUGCUCUACUAAAAGGGGGACUUUAUCUAUAGAUUCGGGAGAACUGCACUUGAACCACCUUGGGCACUUAAAACCCCUGGAGGUCCUGUCUCCUGUCCUUGAGCUCUCUCCCUUUAAAAAUGAGGUAACUUUGGAAAUUACAUAUGUUUUCUCAGUUUCUUUUUCUUGGGAAGACUAAUCGAAGAUGGGAAGACUUAGAAGGAUGUACUUAGAAGGAUGUGCCUCCAAAGGACAACACUAAGGGUAGAAUGCUUAAUUCUUAGUGGAAUAAGAGGUUCAGUAUGGCUUCUGGGUGUGGGUGCCACAAAUUUUGGAUUAGGUUCAAAGAUAAUUACAUUUCAUGAAUGCUAGGAUCAGCUCUAUGGGAAGGGGCACUGUCAAAAAUAAGGUGGCUUUUUUGGUUCGGCACUCAUAGUUCUGUUGUUAGGGUGCCAGUCACAUACACCAAGCCUGACUGGUUCAAACCAGGCCCGGGCCUGCAAAAAACAAUGACACUGCAACAACCACAAAAACAGCCGGGCAUUGUGGCUGGCCACCCAUAGUCCCAGCCACUUGGGAGGCUGAGGCAAGAGAAUCUCUUAAGCGCAAGAGUUAGAGGUUGCUGUGAGCUGUGACGCUAUGGCACUCUACCAAGAGCAACAUAGACUAUCUCAAAAAAAAAAAAAAAAAAAAGUGACAGGGUUGGAGGCUUGAUAAAUACUCCUGAAAAUGCCUAGUGGACUCACCCUUCAUCUUCCAUUUACAAAUUUCAAUCCUGUUCUGCACCGAGAAGCAGCUAUAGUGUUUGCACAAGUAAAAUGCAAGGGAUGACUUAAUUGCCAUGUGGGGCUUCAGUUUCAAGUGUCUAUAGCCCUAAUGGGAGACAAACCUCUGCCCCUAAGUUGCAGGACUUCAAUGAGUAAAACUGAGUAGUCAGCACAACUAGUGCCAUCUACUGGGUGAUUACUGCAUAGUUCCUGUAGCAUAGGAAUCUGGCUUAGUUAAGAAAUGGGGGAAAAUUUUAUAAUUAGUAACAAUUUUUUGCCUGGUGAUUUAAGUAUGAUAGAGAAGACGAUUAGGGGUAAUCGCGCCAUUUGUUUAUUUCUAGUUUAUGAACAAGCAAUUCUCUGACAUCAGAAGUAAAUUUCAGUUUAAGCAGAUUAAACCUUGAACUGCCCCUAUAAAGCUGUAGGAAAUACGGGAAAGUUUCCUGAGUUUGUGUUCUCCUUUGUCAGUAUUACUGGUGAGAAGAGUAAACUGUUAAGAAUGCCUUUUGGUAGUUUGUGUUUUGGUGAGAACAAUUGAAGUAGUAAAACACGAUGCUGCAUUUACAACUUUCAUGUCUCUACCCAGUGGUAUUUUAUAAAAUCCUCCUGCUGUUACUGUAGUUAUGAGAGCUUUGCAAGACACGACCUAUUUUAAGUGUCAUGAAGUGCUUUGAUGAAAAGAACAUGGUGUUGAGCUGAGAUCUUGGUUUGAGUCCUGGAUCUGCUCCUUACUGGCUGCAUGGCCAUGAGCCUCUAUGAAGCAAGGCUAACGCAGUUACCCACCUGGGGUUGGGAGGACUCUGUGAGCUAAUGUGUGCAAGAUACUUGCUCUGCAUCUAAGGCUCAACAAAUGUCAAGUUCUUUCUCCAUCUGAAAUGGAAAUAAGACAAAUACUGGUCAUUUCUCCAUUGCUACUAUUAGAAAGCAAUCUUCUAUAAUUUAAAAUCUGAAAUCAAGGUAAUUUAUAAAAAUUAUUACAAUUUACUUUUUUUUUUUUACAAGUGUGUUUUUAAAGUUUUCUCUGGGCCCAGAAAAGCACUUAUGCUGGAAUUGAUAAUUAGCCAUGACAGCAUGUAGGGUUGAGUCUUCAAAGAACUGCUCACUGGCUGAGUUCCUUGUGCUGUUUUUCCAUUCAUCUAUGCCCAGAGGGUGAGGGCCUGAUGAUGAAAGUGCAGAGAAGAGGGAGGACUUGUGAGCCAGGGUUUGUGUGAGAGAAGAGGUCAGUGGCCUAGGAACAGGCAAGAGGGCACACUGGGAGGAAUUCUCUGUUCCCAGUGAGCCCUCGAUCUUGCUGCACACCCAACAGCAAUAAGAGUAAUUUGUUGACUUUUGAUAGCUAAAGCAUUCAGUAACUUUUCCCAAUGUUUUAUGAAAAUUUUCAAACAUACAGAGAUACUGGAGGAAUUUUAGUGUAAACACUUCUUAACUCACCACUUCAGUUUUCAUUAACACUUGACUCUCCUUAACUCACAUGUCAGUGUAUCUGUUCCAUGUAAUCAUUAAACCCCUUUUAACACAUUUCAAGUAAAUUGCAGACAUCAAUACAAUUUCACUUAGUAUUUCAAUAUGCCUAUUCAUUGGAAUGCAGUAUUUUGUAGGCUUUUUUUUUUUUUUUUUUAGAGACAGAAUCUCACUUUGUCACCUCGGUAGAGUGUCCUGGUGUCACAGCUCACAGCAACCUUCAGCUCUUGGGCUUAGGUGAUUCUCUUGCCUGAACCUCCUGAGCAGCUGGGACUACAGGUGCCUGCCACAAUGCCCGGCUAUUUUUGUUGUGGUUUGGCCCCAGGCUGGGUUUGAAACCUCCACCCUCGGUAUAUGGGGCCAGUGCCCUACUCACUGAGGCACAGGUUUAGCCCUAUAGGUUUUAUUAUAAAAUUUACAUACAAAGAAAUGUGCAAAUCAUAGGUGUAGACUUCGAGUUUUAACAAACGCCUAAGCCUGUGUAAUUCAAACACCUAUCAAGAUAUAGAACAUUGCCAUUACUCUAGAAAUUUCCCUCAUGUGCCUUCUCAAGUUUAUCAUCCUUUCCACUGCCCCACAGUCAUCACUCUACUGGCAUUUUUGAAACCAUUCUAAAAGGGAAACUUUCAUAUGUGCCAAGGUCACCUCUAGAUUUUUCUAUAGAGUUUGUAACUCCAACCAUCCAGAAUACAGCCAACACAGCCCCCUCAUGUGUCUCAGAAAACAAUUCCAAAUGUAUUUUUUAUUCUCUUUUGACUUUAGCUUAGUUUCAGCCUUCCCUUUUUUGCUUUCUUAAGAUUUACACCUGGUAUUCUAGACUGUUGGGGCAGAAACUGUGGAAGCGAAGACCGGCUGAGCAGACCUUGCCCUCCCAGGACUGUGGCUGGAAGAUGGCUGGCUACCUGGGGAGGGCACAUGGCUCAUCUGCCCUGGACAGCUGUUGGGAUUCAGAAUUGGCAUAAGAAAAGUGACUAAGUUACUUGUCAAGCAAAGACCCCACUGCUUAGUCUACAGAGAAGUGUCCCUGCAUGAAACAGACUGAAAUAGUGACAGCGGACUUGGCUAGGGGACAGCAGCAAAACUGAUACCCACAAGAGACUGAAAAGUGCUUAUGAGUUGAUUGGGACUUGCUGUCUCAUGAUGUGCUUGUGUCCCCAAGGCUGCUAUGAGAACUCAUGGACAGUACUAGAUAGCCCACUGGAGGAUGAGCGGCCACUUGAGAAACCUUGGCUGACAGCCUGCCAACACCAGACAUGUGUAUGAGCUCCCUUGAACUCUCCAGCUCCAGCUGAGUUGCCAGCUGACUUCAGCGGCCUGAGUGAGAACAACAGAAGGACAAGGCUGUGCCCUGCCACAAUCGCUGACCCACAGAAUCUUGGACUAAUAAGUGAUUGUUGCUUUACGCCACUAAGUUCUGAGGUAGUGUGCUAUACAUAGCAAAAGCUAACUGAUAACAAAACUAAAGAUACAAUGGCAAAAAUAUGAAAAGACAUGUUCACUGAAGCAUUGCCUGUAAUGGCUAGAGACUGGAAACAACUCAGAUGGCCACCAAUUCAGGAACGGUUGAAUAAGCUACAGUGCAUUCACCCAGUGGAAUGCUAAAUAGCGCCAACAGAGUUGGGAAAGCAUCUCUACAUACUUUUAUAAAGUGAUCUUCAGGAUAUUUUGUUACAUGAAAAAUACAAGGUGCAGGAUAGUACAGAUAGGUAUGUUAUCUUUUACUUAAUAAAGGGAGAAUAUAAGUAUUUAUUUUGCUUGUCUUUAACAAAUGGAGGAUAAAACAAGAAACUAACGAUUUCUUAUAGGGAAAGAGAGCGCACACAUGGAAACUAGAUUUCACUAAAUACACUGUUUUGUAGAUAGAACUUCAGAACCAUGUAAAUGAUAUACAAACACAUACAAUCAAGGUAAAAAAUAUUUGUAUAGUCAUAACGUCACUUAAUGACCAGCAUACUUUCUGAGAAGUGGUGUCAUUAGGCAAUUUCACCCUUGUGUCAACAUCAUAGACGGUUCUUACAUAAAC